AUCUCUCUGCGCACCGUGCCUGGCAGGAGCCCACGGCUUCAGAUCCAGCAGCGACGCCGACAACGACGCGUGUGGAAGAUGGUCGAAAAAACCUCAACUCUCCUCCGCGUAAAACAGGCGAGCAAAUGAGCAGCGCCGGACUCACUGGGGAUCGUUUUACUCCGCCGAGCGAGCUGCUACCCCCUCGUCGCUUCAGUGUGAAUGGGAAGAUAAGCAGAAAAGCAUUUCGCAAUCUAUUUUGCAUGCAGCCUACAGGGCGCUUGAAGUCUGGGAUAUAAAUUUCCACCCUGUCCAGUUCCUCCAGCGACCUUGCAGCGCGUACACCUCUAGUUUUUCAUGUGAAGAGGUGGUGGGGUGUUCUCGCUGUCUGAGGGGGCCGUUUUGAGAAAUAUUCUUUUUUUUCUCUGCAAGAUGUUUUGAGCGCCAAGGGGGCUGAGAGCGGCUGGUGUUGUCGGAGGUGGGGGGGGCUCCUUCUUCUUCUUCACUGCGCAGACAAGCGGCGGAGCGUCUCUGCGCUACCGCUCGUCUCGUCUCUUCCACAACAACAACACACACGGACAGGACAGGAGGAGGGGGAGGAGGGGGAGGGAGGUGGAGAGGGUCUUGACAGGGAAUUUUUUUGGGGGGGUGAGUGAGGUUUGGAAAUCUGGAAAUAUACGUCGCUAAAAUGACGAUGUCCGUCCCGGAGAGGAAAUCAGGAUCGGAGGGGAAGGAGGAGGAGAGCGAGGAUGAGAGUGAGAUCUUGGAGGAGAGCCCGUGCGGCCGCUGGCAGAAACGGAAAGAGCAGGUCAGCCAAGGUAAUGUACCAGGAGUGGAAAGUGCCUCCCUGGCCAUGGACACAGAGGAGGGAGUGGAGGUGGUGUGGAAUGAGGUGCUGUUCUCCGACAAGAAGGUCUUCAAAGCACAGGAGGAGAAGAUCAAGGAGAUGUUUGAGAACCUGAUGCAGGUCGAACACCCAAACAUUGUUAAGUUCCACAAGUACUGGCUAGACAUGAAGGAGAGCCAGGCUCGGGUUAUAUUCAUUACAGAAUACAUGUCGUCGGGCAGCCUCAAGCAAUUCCUGAAGAAAACUAAGAAGAACCACAAGACUAUGAAUGUGAAGGCCUGGAAGCGAUGGUGCACCCAGAUUCUCUCUGCUCUCAGUUAUCUGCACUCUUGUGACCCACCAAUAAUCCAUGGCAACCUGACAUGCGACACCAUCUUCAUCCAGCACAACGGCCUCAUCAAGAUCGGCUCAGUGUGGCAUCGGCUAUUUGUUAAUGUGUUCCCAGAUGCCAGCGUCCAUGGUAAAGGGAGGCAACAUCGCGACGAGCAGAGGAAUCUUCAUUUUUUUGCUCCAGAAUAUGGAGCUGGUGAAGAUGAUUAUGCCAUAGACAUUUUCUCCUUUGGCAUCUGUGCCCUAGAGAUGGCAGUACUGGAGAUCCAGGCCAAUGGUGAUACAGCAGUGUCCAAGGAGGCCAUUGCUAAUGCAGGUCAAUCUCUGGAAGACCCUCUCAUGAGAGAGUUCACGCAGUCUUGUUUGCGUCACGAAGCCAAGCUCCGUCCUACAGCUCACGACCUUCUGUUCCACCGAGUCUUGUUCGAGGUCCACUCCCUCAAACUGCUCGCCGCCCACUGCCUCAUCAACAACCAGUACUUGCUUCCAGAGAACUGUGUGGAGGAGAAAACCAAGUCGUUUGACCCCAGUGCUGUCAUGGCAGAGAUCAAACAUGAGGACAGACAGGGAGUUCAGCUCAAAUAUUCCCAUGUGUCUCCUUUGGAACUUGACAAGUUUCUUGAGGAUGUCAAGAAUGGGAUUUACCCAUUAAUGAACUUCGCUUCAUCUCGGCCUCACCCCGUCCCUCGUGCCCUCUCCUUGUCUCAGGAGCAGGUUGAGACAGUCAAGACGCCGACUCCUGAACCCCAGGAAACAGAAACACGGAAGGUUGUUCAGAUGCACUGUAAUUUGGAGUCAAAUGAAGAAGGGACCAAAACUCAUGUGAGUCACAUUACAUUACAGCUCUCUUUGUUCCUGAAGAUGGAUGACAAACUUCAUAGGCAGCUUAGCUGUGACAUCCUUCCAACUGACACCUCCAAAGACCUUGCCAGUGAACUUGUUCACUACGCCUUCAUAAAUGAGGAGGACAGUGAGAAGGUGGCGGGGUUCCUGGAGGACGCCAUCAGCCGACACCGGGUCCGAGCGCUCGCUUCUGGGAGCACACAGUGAGGAGGGGUCACGACAGCUGCUGGCCCAGACAGAGGGGCCCGGGCGAUGACCACACGGAUCGAGAUAUGGGAGAGGGCAGCGGGGCAGGAUCACACGACGGGGAACAGAGGGGAGCGGACCCAGCUGGGGAUAAAAACAGGGACAAAUACAGAAGGACGCUGAGCCUUGUCAGUCAGAAAAUCAUCCCAGACAGAGGGAGGAAACGCUAGUUCUGAGAGAGGAACCGAAGGUGCCUCUGGUUGGAGGACCAGAGGCAUCAUGGCUGUGUUCAGCAAUCAAACAAAGCAGUGGAAGAUUGACAAACUCCCUGCCUAAAAGGGCUAUCAUGCCUUAAGAUAUCUUGACAACUUAGGUUUUCCAUAAUGCCACUAAUCAGAACGGAUAUGUUUUACUUACAAAUGCAGCAGCUGUGUUUUCAGACGGACGUUUUAUUGCUUAUAAGCCUCAUUUGCACUCCAACGUCCACUUUGAUUGGUGAAGACUUACUUUAAAAUGUAAAACAAAGUCAUUUACUAAAGCCUCUCUCCCUUCCAAUACACAGAACAUUCACUUUAUUACAGUUUUAGGAAUUUAAUAUUCCAUCCAACAUGCACUGUUAAUACUCAUUCAGCUGACUUAUUUAUUUCUGUUUAACUGUGAACAAUAGAAGCAUUGCACAAGCCUGUUUUCUUUUUUUCUUUAUUUUUAUGACCUGCAAGUUAACACACCUCACUGCACUCCUGGGUAAGAGGCUACUUUUCCCAGAGCUAAACACGCCACGCCUAAAUGUAGUGACGAGCAAUGAGAUGAUGCCUCUCUUAUAGCCUGUAGUGCUCUUAAGGGUUUUCCCUGUGAACGUGUUCUGAAAGCCAAAGACUUGCAAAGUGCCUGAUAUGGCAAUGUACAAAACAUCCUAAUGAAACGGCAUCGUACCCAACGUAGCAAUUUGGAAUUUAAGCUACUGACUUUUACAGUUUUAAAACCAGAUGUAGUGGUUUGGACUAGUUCCCAUCUCAUAGUCAGUCAGCCUGUGUGGAUAUGGAGAUGAACCCGACACCUGGUAAUAGUAGCUCCAUUAAAAACUGCUGUGUAUUGGACAUAUGGAUCAGAUGAUAAUGUCUCUGCUGCUCUUAAUAUAAGAGCUGCAGCCUAUGUAAAAUAAAUAAAUAAAUAAAAAACAUCAUAGGAAGCCUCUGAUUUAAAAGCAUGGUCCUAUGUAAGUGGGAGGUAGGGUGGUGGUGGUGAUGAUCUUAAGACUUAAAAAUUAAAAUUGCCAUAUUAUUCAUAAAUGUUACUGUUCUCCUUAUUUUUGUUUUAUUUCUCAAACCAUCUGAGGAUAAUUUCUUACACUGAAUUUGUUUUGUGAAUGUGUCUAGCCGUGUUUGAAAGGUAAAAUCUACUCAAAUUUCUGACAGUUUAUGCUCUAAGUAUUUUUCCAUGUCUGUAAUUGGUAAGUAGAGCUGUUAUGCAUAAGCAUUUAGCAGCCAACAUGAAGAUUUCCAUGAGCUGCAGAUGCUAUGACAUUAUCUUUUACUUCUCUGCUUUUUUAUUUCAGACAAUAUCAGAGUGAACCUUGGGAUUGAUUGCACUGCAGCCCACGCAAACACAAAAAUAGAAUACAUCCCUUCAGCUCUGCCAGAUUUUCCUUCAAGAACUCAGUCUUGGCACCAUAAAAGGCAACCAUUUGGGUGGAUUUUUCCUUAACAAAACUGGACAGUAAAACAAACAAACAAACAAAAAAUAGUGAAUUGUCUUCAGCAGUAAACUCUUGUUUGUCAGACUCACUUAGCUCUGCUUCAUUUGUUACCUGGGUUUUUAAAGUCGCGGUUUCAUAACAGUUAUGCUGCUGUACAGUCAUUGCUUACAGUACUUACUUACUAUACUCUGUGUCAAGCCUUUUUAUCAGUGUGUUUCUGAAGACAGAAGCCCUGAAAUUCUCCCAGACAUUCAGCUACUAUAGGCUGUGGUUGUACAUAUUUGUUUGUGGCUUUUAAAGGAGUUUACUUUGGACAGAACUUCAAUGCAAAGCAGUGCCACUAUUGCUCUCAUUUGAUCUAGUAAGCUGCAUGUCUUAAUAGCCUGCAACCAUUCAAGAACUUUGCAUUUUGCCUUUGUCAGUCACAGUUCAGUUCCAGCGGGGAACCUGACCAAGAAAAUGAAUGUUUAGACUGUGCAAACAUGAAAAAAAAAAACAAAAAAACAUUCAUAUCAGUCUUACUUUAUUUCAGAUGAUUUUUUCCCGUGACUCUGUUGAAUGAAACUUGCCUUUGGAUGUGUUCCACUUAAACCUUUGUUAAAUAUUGUAGCUACUGCUGUUAAAUACAUGACAAUAAACUAUAUGUGAAAUGUU